AUGGGGGUGCUAGGAGCCGCAAGUAUGCCGUUUAUAGCUGGCGUGGCCCUUUUAGGGUCCGCAAUUCUUCAUAUCGUGUGUUUUAUAGCCCCUAACUGGGCAAAUGAUGGAACUCAGUCCCUGGGGCUGUGGCGAUAUGGAAAAUGUAGAGAUCCAGAUUUUCAUAACUGCUACAAGCAUGACCAUGUGGAUACACAGUUGGAAGAUUGGUUCCAGGUGGUACGGGCCAUGGGGUGCCUGGCUGUGAUAUGCCUUUCUCUACCCCUCGUUAUACUGCCAGUCUACAUGUAUAUCGCCCUCGGCAUGUACUAUCGGAGGAUGAUGGGCUUCUUGGCAUUCUGUAGCUUCUUGGCAACACUUAGUAUAGCGGCCGGAGUGGUGAUCUUUGUUGUCGGAGCUACAGACGAAGGCUGGUCCUUAGAAUGGUGUUUUAUCGUCGAUAUCGUCGCCGGUGUUUUUGCUUUCAUUGGUUUUGUGGUUUUACUGGCUGUUCUGCUGACCAGACGUCCAGCGGAUCUGAAACCAACUUACUAUCCUAGUACUAUUCAUGUGGACCCUGCUAAGCCGAAACUUUAUCUUGUGCAAACGGAGCCAUACUGA